UUCUCCAUCUUUUACAAACAUAUAGCUUUUCGAUCGAUCGCCACUUAGAGAUAUCAUGCCUGAAUUAAAAUCGGAAUCUCCGAACUCGCCGCCACCAAAAUCAGACCAACAAACAUCGAAAUCUCCAACCUCGCCACCGCCACCGCCAAAAUCAGACCAAGAAACAUCGGAAUGUCCGACCUCGCCGCCACCGAAAGCAGACCAAGAAACAUCGGAAUAUCCCACCUCGCCGCCCCCGAAAGAUCAUCUCCAUAGUAACUCAGAUAUACUAAGCGAGAUAGUGUUAUGGAGAAGGAAGCAGCUGAAUGUUGGAAUCCUCGUAGCAGCAACGGCCACAUGGAUCGUGAUGGAUGUUUACCACUACACUUUCAUCACUCUCCUUUCUUGUGUGUCCAUCGCCCUCCUCUCCUGCCUGUUCUUCUGGGGCAGCAUCCACCGCUUCUUGAAAAAUGAGGUGAGAUCAGCGAGGAGACAGCGAAGGCGCACGCCGGGUCGCUGAGGCGGCGGGGGGAGGACGGAAUCCGGUUGAUGUUUCAUGUCGGCAGUGAGAGAGAAUGGUUCGUGUUUGUUGGAGCUGUCGUCUCUCUCUAUUUGCUAUCGCUGGCUGCAAAACACUUGAAUUUUGUUACACUUUGCUUUAUAGGGAUUUGGGGGGCGAUGACGGUGCCGGUGAUUUAUGUGAAGAAUGAGCAGAAGAUACGAGAAUUUGAAGGUAGUGCGAUGAUGACAUGGCAAAGGUUGAAUGUGAUGUUUGAGGACAAGUUUCAGAUUGUGAAAAGCAAGAUUACAGGGAAACAGAAAGAGGUUAAGGAAAAGAAGACCAAGUAGGAACAAAAUAAACUACUCUAUGCUUAGAGUGCAUUUAUUUAAGGCUCUGAAUGAAUAAAUUGAAUAAGAAUAGUUAAAGUCAAGAGAAUGAUCAAUGGGAUCCGUGGCGCAAUUGUAGCGCAUCUGACUCCAGAUCAGAAGGUUGCGUGUUCGACUCAAAAUAUAAUUGAGCAGCCAUGGAAGGGAACAAGCCUGCAUUUUACAAGAUCUUGAUGGAGCUCUCUUCCCAUCUAAGGUUGCCUCGAGGCUUCACGGAGAAGCAUGGCAAAAUGUUGCCAAAAAAAGUAGAGCUGAGAAUACGCAGAAACACAUGGAAGGUGAGGGUGAAGAAAGAGAAUCUAGAAGGAGAGGAUCAUUACUUCUUCAAAAAAGGAUGGACAAAAUUCUGUGAAGACACCCAGCUUGAAAUCUUCGAGCUGCUCGUCUUUACUUACGUUGAGAAGUCCACACUCGAGGUCACCGUGUAUGCAGUGAGUGGUUUGGAGAAGUCCAUCUUCAUACCUCCACGCUGCAUCGUUGUGCUCAAGGACUACCGCUGCUAUAAAAUUCAUAUUCCGAAGAAAUUUGCUGUGGCUUGUGGCUUGUUCGACAAGGAGGAGAUAUCGUUAGAGUACGUGGGCGGCCACACUUCACGAGUGGCGUUGACUGUGUUUCAGGGGCGGAUAGCUUUUGGGGCGGGUUGGUCCACAUUCCUCAAAGCAAACCGGCUCUCAUACGACAUCGCUCUUAGUGGUUCUAAGAAGAUCCUCUGUUUCGAGUUCGUUCCCGCGAAGAAUCUGAUCAAGGUUCAGCCACUCCGCAAUUGAAUUCCAGUUGUAAUAGUUCUGAGUUUGAAUUGUAGUGAUAAGAUUAUGAGUAUAUGACUCUUUUAAGUCUUCAAACUUUGCUAGUAUUUCUUGUGUGGUGAUUGCAUUACAUUUCGUGAUGGCGAUUUCGUUUUGGUUUAUUUGAAUUUGGGUGUUGGAAUUUAUGCAUUGUGUUCGUUUCUUGGAAUCGAAAUCCCUCUCCCUUUGAUGUGUGUUAGUUGUAAGAAGAAGGUAGUUUCCAGUAAUGUAAAUGAAUGAAUCAAGAAAAGAGAUUUAUACCAUUAUCUCA